AUGUGCACCAUUCCACAACGCUACCUCUUCCCUACCCUGCUCGUUGAGCGAUACGAGGAGCGCCUCGAAGCUGGACGGUGCAUGCUAGAAGCCCGAGAUGACACAAUAGUAUACCUCUCUCUAUUCGGCAGCCAUCUUUUCAAACGAGGAAUCGACAUUCUCCGUGACAUCGGCCUAAUCCAAGAAUUCGAAAACAUCUACUACGGAGGACGGGGCUGCGUCGGCGUUACCUUCGUAGAUGCCGGUUUGCCCUAUCGAGACCGUUUUUUCGAUCAUCCCGCAGACGAAAUCAAAGAUGCAGGAAUUAUGCUGUCCACUGAUGGCUUGCUAGAGCGUGAUACACCGCAAGAGGAAUUUCUUGCCAAAUUUGUCACGCACCCCCGUGUACCGGUGGAUCAGUUGUUCCUCUUCUGCCCUGUGAGCACUGGUACUGCUCUGAGUGUCUUUCCGGGUGGUGUUCUUUCAAUGAUAAUUGUCCAGAGUGUUGUGAGCCGGUGA